AUGGACAAGCUCACUCUAACUACAGCUACUUCCUCUAGGCUGGUGUGUUACUAUAACAGCUUGGCUGAAAAUAGACCAGACUAUGGACAGUUCUCAGUUUCAGAUAUCGAUCCGAACAAGUGUACCCAUCUGAUCUAUGCCUUUUCCGACAUAAACAACACAAAUGAGCUGGUCCCCAGUUGUGACACUGACAUAUCACGAUAUGAGUUGUUCAAUGGACUCAAAAACAGAAAUCCACUGCUCAAAACCCUAUUGGCGGUUGGUGGCUUGAGGUUUAACACAAAAAAAUUCAGUACAAUGGUGGCAGACCCACAAAACAGAACAAAGUUCAUCAAGUCUGCGAUCACACUACUGAGAGAUAAUGGUUUUGAUGGAAUAAACCUGGACUGGAGGUACCCUGGGGGACAGGACAAGGGGAGAUUCACACUGCUGUGCCAGGAACUCAAUGAGGCCUUUGUGGCUGAAGGAAACUCAACUAACGGUGACAGGUUAAUCGUCACUGCAAGUGUCUCUGCUGAGAAAGCAACCAUCGAUGCCGGUUAUGAAGUCUCACAGAUUGCCAUGCAUCUGGAUUUCAUUAAUGUGUUAACAUUUGACUUUCACGGCCACUGGGAAAGUGUCACAGGACAUCACAGCCCCUUAUACAACGGAACUCAAGACACUGGAGACGAAAUCUACUUGAACACUGACUAUGCCAUGCGGUACUGGCGGGAACAAGGAGCACCUGGACAAAAGCUAAACUUGGGGUUAGCGGCAUAUGGGCGUGCUUUUAACCUCUCCACUGAAUCCAGUGACGUUGGUGCACCAACCAAUGGUCCUGGUGAAGAAGGCUGCUACACCGGUGAAGAAGGAUUCUGGGCCUCUUAUGAGACUUGCCUUUAUAUUGAAGGGGAUACUACCCAUCUGAUUGUUGAUCAGGAAGUUCCAUAUGCCGUCACAGAAAAUCAGUGGGUUGGAUUUGACAACAAAGCCAGUCUUGAUACUAAGGUCAAUUACCUAAAAACUAACGACUUUGGAGGAGCCUGUGUCUGGUCUCUGGACCUGGACGACACUACUGGACAGUUCUGUAAAAUGGGCAAAUGCCCUUUCAUCAGCCACCUGCAUGAUAUCCUGCCUCAGCAAUACAACUCUCCCAACCACCAACAUAACAAUUCCCAUCACCACAGCAACUACCACUACAAUUCUCCUUACCACAACAAUGCCGACUACCACAACUCCCCCUACCACAACAACAAUCAUUGCGACUACCAUAACAACUCCCCUUACAACGACCACAACAACUCCCCCUACUACAACUACAACAAUGAUGACUAA